AUGGAGUCACUCAGUGACUCCACGGCAGGUGAGCUGACAUUUAUUUACCCUUUCUUCACUAGAGGCAGACCUUUCCCACUGCAGUUGCUUUUCUUUGGCAUGUUAUUCUGUAUCUAUAAUGGCUUCCUCCAGGGGUACUACCUGAUUUACUGUGCUGAAUAUCCAAACGACUGGUGCACCGACAUCAGAUUUACAUCAGGCCUCCUCUUAUUUCUGCUGGGAAUGGGAAUCAACAUUCACAGUGAUCUCCUGCUGCGCCAGCUGAGGAAACCUGGAGAAGUCACUUACAAGAUUCCUCAAGGGGGACUGUUCACCUAUGUUUCUGGAGCCAACUACUUUGGAGAAAUUGUGGAAUGGUUUGGUUUUGCCAUAGCAACCUGGUCCCUUCCAGCCUUUGCCUUUGCCUUUUUCACUCUUUGCUGUAUUGGGCCACGGGCUUAUCACCAUCACAGGUACUAUCUCAAGACAUUUACGGACUAUCCAAAAUCAAGGAAAGCCUUGAUUCCUUUUGUUUUUUAAUGACUGAAUUAUGGACUCUUUUUUUGGUUUUUGUAGGAAUUUUUUUUUCAAUUCCUGGUUUUAAUGUUAGGUCUGACUACAAUUUUACAAAUGAUAAUCUGAGGUUGCAACAGAAAAGAAGGUAAUUUGGAAUGGAAAUUCUUGUGUUUAACUCCGGGGUAAAUUGCAGAUAGUUGUGGGCACAGGGACUUCCCAAACAACGUAUUUGCUUGUCGGUGGAGUUCUACCUAUGGAAAACGAAUAUAUAACUACACUGACAUCACAGAAAAAACACUGUCUAAAUACUGAUGAAGAAAAGUAGAAUGUAAACCCAUUACUUUGGAGAAAGUGUUCAGCAGCCACUCCAGUUUAUAGCACUUCUGCAACUGCUUCUUCCUGCCUCCGUGCUGCAGUACACGUGCCCUCGCUCUGCCGGCAGUGCCCUACAUGUUGUCACACUUUAAACCAGAGUAGGGAUCUCCUUUGCCCGAAAAAUUACUCAGCCCAUUAUUUUUCAUCAAAAAGCCAGCUUAGCUCCCAGAAACAUAAUGUUACAAGAGAGUACUUGUGCUGGCACCAGGCUGGGAGCAGUAUGCCAUGGCACAGAGGUGAUGUUAAGUACACAGAGAUGGAAGCUGGCACUCACAAGCACAAUGUCUGUGUUCCUUCCUUAAGCAAUACUCUCCUCACCGUCAGAUGAUUAAUCUUCAGCCACCAGGGUUUGUUUUUUAAAUGUACUUCAUUAUAGCAAUUGUAGCUCCAUUAGGAUUUUUUUUUCUCCUGCAAAUCCAGAUCUCUUUUCAGAAUAAAAAUUUUUCCACUCAAAAACACUCAGUUGUUGUGCUGAGUGACCUGAGAUGGUGACUUGAGAUGCUGGUGUAUGACAAAAAUGACAACAAAUAAGAAGUUCUGUGUUAAAGAAAAUGUUCUCUGACACUGGUAGUACAUUUUGUCUACGGAAAACAUUUUCAGAUAUGCUUAUUAGGAAAUUAUGCAGAGAUAUUACUGAAUUUUCACAAAAGCACAAAAUGU